AUGGGGAACGCUGGUUUAAAACAACAUUAUGAAACUGCAUCGAAAACUGGUGUAUUGCAAAUAGCUGAUUGUAAGCUUAAAGAAAUUCCCAUCGACGUAUUCAGUUUAUGUGAUGUGCUACGAAAUCUAGAUCUGUCAAAAAACAAACUUUCUGUUUUACCUGACGAUUUAAGCAAAUUAAAACACCUGAAACAAUUAAAUUUAGAUAGUAAUAAACUUCAAGCUUUACCUGAAUCACUCAUAAACUUAAAAAAACUUGAAGUUUUAAAUAUAUCAAACAACUUUGUACAAACACUCCCAGUUUGUUUGAAGAAUUUAAAUAAUUUAAAACAGGUUUAUGCAAGCAAUAAUAAAUUACAGGCUUUUCCGAAACAAAUACUUGGAUUACAGAGCUUAGAUGUUUUAGAUCUGUCACAUAAUAAGAUUACAGAGAUUCCAUAUGGAAUGUCAGAAUUAUAUGUGAUAGAGUUAAAUCUGAGUCAAAAUGAAAUAUCUUUGAUUGGAGAAGACUUACACCAAGCUCCAAGAUUAAAGAUAUUGCGAUUGGAUGAGAACUGUUUGAGUUUGGAUGAAAUCAAACCAAGUUUGCUUCGAGAUUCCAAGAUACACACUGUUAGUGUAGAUGGUAAUUUAUUUGAGCCUAAACAGUUAGCAUCACUUGAGGGCUAUAAUGAAUACAGUGAAAGAUAUACUGCAAUGAAGAAAAAAAUGUUUUGA